UCCAUAGCCAUGGCCAUAGGCCAUAGACUAUAGACAUAGUGUACUAGAUCUAUAGACAUACUAGAUCUAGAUCAAGAUUCUAGACUUUACAUAUGAAGAAUUACAAUAAUAUUAGACUGUACUUCUUAAGUUCUAUUACAUCUAGAUCUAGAAUAAAUAGAUCGGUGAAAUAGAUUCUACCAGAUCUCUAGAUAGAGUAGAGAACCACAAACUUAAGAGAGUAAAGUCUAAAGUCAUAGUGAUAGUGAUAGAUAAAUUAGAUUGACAGUCAGUCUGAGUCUUGUUGAGUCUCAACUCUACAUCUAAUUCUCUAUCUUUAUUAUCUAGAUCUACCAUCAACUCUAUGACUAGUAUGACUAUGAAUUGAUCCUAUCUAUAAUAAUCUAGACUCUAGAACUAGAAGAGUCACUAGUCUGUGACUAGUGACUAGACUCUACUACUCUAGACUUAGACUUAGAGUCUAAAGACUCUAAAUAAUAAAUAUUAGAUCUAUAAUAAUAAAAAUAAAUAAAAUCUAGUACUAGUAGUAGUACACUACUGACACUAGACUGACUAGUACUAGAUUCUAGAUCUAGUAAGUAGACUUUAGUAGAGUAGACUCUACUAAACUGUACUCUGUACAGUGUACUCUCAAAGUCUAGUAAGUGGCAUUCUAAUACAAGAACUAAGCCUAAAACUAAGGACUAAGACUAAGGUGCUCAAAAUCAAAGAAAAUGCCAGUUGCUUCUCCCUGUAGUGAAAUAUGGAAGUUGAAACUAGAUCAUCCUUUUAAUACAAUGGCAUUGGCUGUGAUUUUUAGAGCCAGUGGAUGGAGCUUAAUACUAGGUUGUGAAGAUGGCUUGGUCAGGAUACAUGAUUUGUCUGCUAAACAUCUUGAUAAUAAGCCAAAGACAGUCUUGGAAACCAAAAGCGGCCCCAUCCAGGCUUUGACAGUGUAUGAUGUGACAAGGUUCUACCAUAAUGACCUAAUUGUCUGUGACUCAUGUGGCAUGCUGACAGUCUUCUGUAACAAGCAAAUUCUCUCUCGGCAAUCAUUAUCUUCUGACAGUCUAAUUUGUUGUACAGUGGUAGAAGAAAAUGGUGGGAGUCCAGUAAUUGUGUGCUCCAAUGACUCUGGGGUUAUUACAGGAGUUCAGCCCACUGAAGAGCUCUGGAGAAUCAAUCUAAAUAGUUUAUCCAAUAAGAAUCCAUCAACAUUAGUCAGAAUCUCAUGUAUGCUAGUUGUGUAUCUGACAGACUCAACAGGCAACAGGAAACAGUAUUUGUUAGCAGCUGACAAUGCUAAAAGAAUUCAUGUGAUAAGUAAUGGAACCAUAGUCAAUUCUUUAGUUGCACCAGUUAAUAUUACUGCAAUGUGUCAAGGCAGAUUUAUUCCAUCCAAUAAACUCAGUUUAGCCUCAAGCCCAACACUUUCUACAGAUGGUGAGCAAGUUGCCUUAGGAUCAAGCAGUGGUUCCGUUUACAUUUUACAUAACUUUAAUAUAACUCUGGAUGACUAUGUUAACACCAAAAGUCCCAUAACUAGCUUGUGCACAUUACCUCAGUCUGACCACAGCACUGAUCUUCUUUUAUGUGCUGGACAUUUCAGUUCACUACAUUUAUAUCGUGAUGGCCAGCUUUUUUAUGAAUACCUAACAAGUGAUUGGGUCAACAAUAUAGCUACAGCUGACAUAGAUGAUGAUGGUGUACUUGAAGUUAUUAUUGGAUGUAUGGACAAGACAGUUGUGGCUUUGAAAGUUUAAAUGUCUUGUGUAUUUUGUGUACAAUACCUGAUUUUAUUGUACACAGAAUGCAUAUACAUAUAUAUCUGUAAGAAUUUCACUACUUUUUUGUUUUAAAAUGUGUUCACAAAAUAUUCUUGUAUCAAGAAACAUUCAAAGUCAAGUAUGUAACUGAA